AUGGAUAACAAUAAUGAUCAAGAAAUUUUGGAACAUCACAAUUUUAUCGGUGCCGAGACUAUUAUCAAUAAAAAUGAAAAUGGCAAAAAUGACAAAAAUUCCCUGAACACGAAAAUUGAAAUUGAUCAUAUUUCAUCCGAAUCAACACAAGGAGUCGAUCUUUCUUGGAAAGAUUUAUCUUAUGAAAUUACAAAUUCAAAAACAAAAAAACGUCAAAAGAUUAUUGAGAAUAUGUACGGUGUCAUUGAAGCAGGCGAAGUGUUAGGAGUAUUAGGUCCAUCGGGGUCAGGUAAAUCUACGUUGUUAGAUGUCUUGGCUGGGCGUAAAGAUAAAAAAUUGGUUUCUGGUGAAAUAUGUCUGAAUGGAAAACCAGGACAACCUAAACAUUUAUCUACUUACGUUAUGCAAGAACAUGUUAUGAAUGGCGUAUUGACAGUACGCGAGAGUAUCCAAUUUGCUGCGGAUUUAUGUUUCCCCAAAUCCUAUUCUGCCGCAGAUCGAAGGGCCCGUGUUCAACAAAUUAUCACGGAAUUUGGACUAGACAGAGUAGCCGAGUCAAAAAUCGGAACAAAUUUUGUUCGAGGAAUUUCAGGUGGUGAAAAACGUCGCGCUUCAAUUGCAACCCAGAUUCUCACACAUCCAAAAAUUAUAUUCCUCGAUGAGCCGACUACCGGCUUAGACUCCGCAGCAUCUUAUAAUGUAAUAAAAGUAAUCGUUGAGAUGGCACAAAAAUAUAACUUAACGGUUAUUGCGAGUCUUCAUCAACCAUCAACGAAAACAUUCGAAUUACUUGAUAAAAUAUGUCUUAUUGCUCGUGGUCGCACGGUUUACUUUGGCGACCGAGAACCAGCGAAUGACUUUUUCGAAAGAGCGGGCUACCCGGUUCCGUCUUAUUUCAAUCCAGCAGAUCACUUUUUAUAUGUAAUUAAUUCGGAUUUUAACACGGACAAAAGAAAGGGCGAAGAUUAUGUAAUGAAGUUGUCAAAUGAAUUCAAAAACUCAAGAGAAAGUGCAGAAAUUCAAGAGAAAAUAACUACAUUAAUUCAUAAGCAUCAAGGCAAAGAGGAUAUAGUAUUAAAGGUUAUGUCAAAAAAGAAAUCAAGAUACGAACGAAACUUUUUCCAACAAUUCAUUAUACUCUUGAAUCGUUGUUACAAAAAUAAUAUCAGGAAUAUCUUAUUAUUUUGGAUUCGGAUGUCAUUCUCUAUUUCUUUAUCUCUAUUAAUGGUGUCCUAUUGGUGGAAGCUUGGAGAUAAAUUAGAGCAAGACAGUGUUCUCAGAAGGAUGACCGCUCAUUUCUAUUCAAUUACUCUAUUGACAUCUUUAAGCGUAGCGGCUGUGCCAGUAUUUUUAGAGGAGCGACUUUUAUUUGAGCGAGAAAGAUCCAAUCACUUUUACUCGGCUGGACCAUACGCGCUUUCGCAUACAAUCAUGUCAUUACCAUUUGUUCUAAUCAUCACAUUGACCUUUACAUCAAUUUCUUAUCCACUGGUUGCACUCAACAAUGACAUUUACUCAAUAAUCAAUUUCAUAAUUCUACUGUUUCUCGCUGCAUUAGCAUCAGAGUCAACUGUUAUUUUCAUUUCGGCAAUAAUUCCAGACUUUGUCAUUGCUAUUUCAAUCGCUAGUUUCGCUCACGCAUUUUGGAUGAUGAGCAGCGGUUACGUCGUCACUCCAAGCACCUUACCUCUGCUUUUGAGUUGGGCAUAUCGUAUCAAUUAUCAACGAUACACAUAUGAAGCGAUACUCGUAAAUGAUUUCGUCGGGUUAAAAUUCGGCUGUCAGGAAUUACCACUUGCUGUCGAUGAUAUGCCGUUAUAUAGUUGCUUGUAUGGUGAUAAAUCGGGACUCUCGAGUCAAUUCUCCGGUGCAGAUGUACUACAAGAACUUCAAUAUGAUGAAACCAAAAUUUGGUUGUGGACGGUAAGAUGA